GACAGGGUCGGUGCCUUGGUUACUUCCGGAUUCCCUGUGAAGCGGAGGGGCAGAAAAUGUUGCUGCAGCGGCAGGGGCUCGGGAGUUGACGAUAGCAUACGGGACAGCAGCACAUAGACGCACCGGAACCCGAGCAAACACUUCACAGUAGUUUUGUCACUUACGGGAUAUCGCUAAUCGGGUUUCGUGCGAUUUCGGCGUCUUUCACUCCAUAAGUCCAUGCAGCCUGAUUCUCAUCUCCUCCGCCUUCACGGAUCUACACUGUCACAUCUCUCCCUCGGCUUGAUCGUGCUCUGAAUUGACACAGUGACAUUUUGCAAGUGUUGGAGGCAGCAAGGACGAGUGCACACUCACCCGGUGUGUGUUGUCCUGUGAGAUAAAGCGAGGCUUAACGGGAGCUCGGCUGAACAUCUCCCGCUGGCAUCAGCAACAACAUGGACUGGCUAAUGGGGAAGUCCAAAACGAAGCCUAAUGGAAAGAAACCUCCUGCCGAGGAGAAGAAGCACUAUCUGGACCCAGAGUACACUAAAGUGCGGGUGGUGGACUUUGACCUUAAAGACCUGGUGGUGCUGCCCAGAGAGAUAGAUCUUAACGAAUGGCUGGCCAGCAACACAACAACAUUCUUCAAUCUCAUCAACCUGCAGUAUAGCACAAUCUCUGAGUUUUGCACUGGUGACACAUGUCAAGCCAUGACAGCAUGUAACACAAUAUACUACUGGUAUGAUGAGAAGGGGAAGAAGAGCAAGUGUACAGCACCUCAGUAUGUCGACUUCGUCAUGAGUCUAGCACAGAAACUUGUCACAGAUGAAGAAAUCUUCCCAACAAAAUAUGGUAAAGAGUUCCCCAACUCGUUUGAGUCUCUGGUAAAGAAGAUCUGCCGGUACCUGUUUCAUGUGCUGGCACACAUCUACUGGGCGCACUUUAAGGAGACGGUGGUUUUAGAUCUUCAUGGACACUUAAACACGCUGUACACACAUUUCAUCGUCUUUGUGAGGGAAUUCAAUCUGGUUGACCCCAAGGAGAUGUGCAUCAUGGACGACCUGUCUGAGGUGCUGUGUGCUCCCCUGCCCUCCUCCCCCCAACAGAACCACGUGACUGAGAGAUGAGCCACAGCCAAUGAGCCCCGAGUGAGGAAGAGGAGGAUGAAUUGAGAAUGACGGCCCUCAGGAGGGCCAGAGCUGCUUGCAGGACUCACGCACCCUUUGAUGUGUGAUUAUUUAACCACCAUAAGAACUAGUCAAAGGGGAACCGAGGGGAUGGCAGUGCCUCCGUUCAGCACGCACUAGUGGGGAGAAAAAUAGCCCCACCUACCUUCUUUGCAGUCUAAGAACAAUUUUUUUUUAAUGUUUUGCUUUUUAUUUGUAUUUAUUUUUGCUCACAUUCUUAAAGGAUGUUUUUUUUGUUUUUUGGGUUUUUUUUUUUUUUUUUUUAACAGGGAGUUUGAUUUGGCCCUUAAUGUCUAAUACAUGAGACUAAAGCAUAGUCACCUGAUAUUAGACUGUUGUAAAGAAAUGUCUUGUACCCCAGUGCCCCCAUGUGGAGAGACAUAUUCUGAAAAAGGUGCCAGCUGUCCUGCAUGGACAUUUAGUACUUCGUGACCGGGACCUGGCUCCACAUUGUGACCAGUUCUGUUCAUGUGCACCUCCUUGUAUCCUUCUAUUCUGUUCUCCUGUUCUUAGUUCCUCUUGUCCUUAGUUACACUUUUUUUGAGAGGUCAUGCAAUAAUUAAACAGCAGAAAUGAAUGUCCAGCUUGAUGCUGUAGGAUGUUGCUAUUGGUGAGACUGUUGAUGUGCAUGUAGACGGUACAGGCCUGCACAGAAUAUCUCAACAGAGUUCACCAUUACGGAAGCAAUCGAUAUGCUGUAUCAUACCGAGGAUGCAUCCUCCAGGGUUUUUUAAAAUCUUUUUUUCUUAUGCUAUCAGAGGUCAUUAAAAUUAUAUCAGCCUACACGUGUGUAGCACAUGCACAUUCUGCUUGCAUUUUUAUUAAAAUAGAUUAUAACUAUAUAAAGAAAUCGCAGGUGGGUUACGUCAAAAUAGCGCCUCCAGGGAGGGGGAUUUUGAUUCCCCUUCAUUUUAUUUAUUUUGACUGUUUAUUUGCAGGGUUCCUAAGUUCUGGCUUUCCUUUUAUGUAUUUUAAUGAUCUAAGUUAAAACAAUUUAUUAUUUUAAGCUCUGCAAAUUAUAAUCUAAUAAAACAUGAAAAUGCCAACCUGA